CAACAGUCGCACUGUGUGCGGAGAAUGAAAACUGGGUCUCUUUCGUUGCAUAAUCCUGAGCUAAUUUGCUUCUUCUUAGGCAAGCAGAGCUAGCACAUUCAAGGCCAGCGGUAAACCACACAGUUUGAAAAGACUCACGGGAAAUAUUCAUCAUGGCGGAUGGCGAAGACGUUGCGAAGGGACAAUUUCUGUUUUGCAUUAUUUGCCGUAUAAACCAUGACCAAGGAAGGAAACAUAUUUAUUCAAGAAAGCAUAAAACUUUGCUUGGCCAGAUCCUGAUGAAAUUUGGCAAAAAGGUUAACGAAGCAAGCAAGUUUCUGAAGAAACCGUCUGUUGAAGAUGGUGAGUUAGAGCCAGGGUCAAGAUUUUGGUGUCACUUCUGCAGUGAGAAUAUUAAUAAACAUGUCACUGAUAGAGAAGUAACUAUCAAAUUUGGUGGACUCUUUGAACACUUUGCAAGUGAGAAUCACAAAAAAAAUCUUCAUAAAUACUGGUGGGAGAAUGGAGCAGACAAAAAUCUUAAAGAAAAGUUCUUAAUCAACAAAGAGAAGUUUAACAGUUACAAAGUAGAGGUAAAUAAGAAACUCCAGGAAUUUGAAGCUGUUAUGGAACAGAAGAGGUUAAAGGCUGUUUCCCAGAUUAAACAUAGAGAACUCCUUCAAGCUCAUACAAGUCAGCAGCCACCAGAAAUUCAAGUCACACCUGAGGUUGUCUACAAGACAAUACAAAAUGAGCAAGGAAUUCUUCAGAACCCCACCGGAUGGCAUGAAGGUCAAAGAGUUUGGGGUGGUGGAAUAGUAAAAUACAGACCUGGCUCAAAUCAGUGGUUUCCAUGGAUUAUGGAUUCAAUUGAUGAAGGUUCUAAAGGUUCUGCCCUCUCAAAUGGUGUCAUGGCAACAAGAUUCCAAACAGCAGAAGCUUUUGGAGAGAAUCUUACUUGCAUAGGAAUUCUGGUACUGUUCUGCACCUUCUUUAUAAAACUUUGUAGUCAAUCAAAUGGAUUGAAUAAAUGUGGUAGCUCUGUUUUCUUUUGUUUCGUCCUUUGGAGACAGUGUUUAUUAGGCUGUGGAAAUUUUCAAAUUAUCUGGCUACUACACAGAUUACUCCACCCGAGGUUUAAUGGCCAGGGCUAAUAUUGUUUAUUCAGAAGUUAACAAUAUUUUCCAUGUACUUUACACCCUUCCUCUAGUACUACUUACUGGUAUGUACAUAAGGUAAAGUCUGUACAGUAUUUGAGCCAUGUGGCCUACCCAGCUGGAACUUAUCCCUAUUUCACAAGCAUUAAGCAACUUGGAGAAUCUCUGCUACCCCUACAUGAGUUGCUAGACAAGAUGCUAGUACAUCGCAAGCAUUAGUAGACUAUGAGCAGUCCCUCCUUUUUGACAAAGUCCAUCAUGCAAACAAACAAAAAAAUCAGUGAAAAGAAAUUGAUGUUACUGCACCACAUGGAACUCUUGGAGUGAUGUCGACGUGACACAGAGCUCCAUGAGUGAGGUGAUUAGAAGGUUCAUAGUACUUAGUCCUUACUUUUCAAGGGCCUAACUAAUGUAGCUCCUGUGUCGCAUCAAUGUCAUUCUAAGAGCUUCCCAUUGCGCACAAAUAUUUUUUUUCACUGAUUAUUUUUUUGCUCACAUGACAGACUUCACCAAAAAGGAGGGACUGCUUGUUGUCUUAAGCAUCAGCACUUCUUCAAGCUUCCCUGACAAUUUGCCAGUAGUCAUAUAUACUCCUGAAUGGAGUGAUGCACCCUGAAAAUAGUCUUUUGCCCAAGAACGCAACACAAUGACUCAGCCAGGUUUUGAAUGCAGACCUCUUGCUGCAGAGUCCAGGGCAAUAACCAUGAAGCUACUGUUAUUUAUGUUAGCAAAAACCCAAAAGUGGUUAACCUGUAACUUCUCCCUAUAAUAUCCAUACAUCAUUCAGCCAACAGGUAAUGAGAAUAC